AUGACAACGCAAUGUAGAGAGCGCAUUGGUGUCCUUCUAUCUGAUUACGCGAAUGUCAUCCCAAACCCAUACGUCCCGUCCCGACAUGCUCUCUCACGUUGCCUGACCGGUUACCUCACUGGGUACCAUGAACAUUAUCCCAUUCUCCAUGUCCCCACCCUUGAUCUUGAUUCCAAGUCAUUGCAGUUGAUUUUAUCCAUGGCCAGUCUGGGCGCCCGGUAUUGUAGGGAGCCGGAAACGAGCACCGCCCUCUACCAAGUCGCCAAGGCUGUGACGCUUGAACAUAUCCGAAGAGAAUUCCAAUGGGUAGAACCUAACAGUGGUAUCAACCCAAACCGACAAUCAGCGCCAUCGCCUGCAGCCAGAGAACAGGAUCUUCUAGAGACGCUACAAGCUCUCUUGAUGCUAGUAUCCGUAUCCUCCUGGCAUGAACAUGAUCCGCCUUAUGAUGAAUCGUUAUACAUGCGGAGCUACAUGGAAACACUACUCAGACAGGGAGGGCUGAAUGACCUCCCGGCGCAAGACGGGUCAUGGGAGAGUUGGGUACGAAGCGAAGAAACAAAGCGAACGCGACUAAUCGUGUUUUGCUACUUCAACAUUCAAACUAUUGUCUUCGAUUUGCCACCUAUGGUGCUCACUGAGGAGUGUACGCUUGAUCUCCCGUGUACAGAAGUAGAAUGGCAAGCCACAACCGCCGGCCAAUGGAUGGAGGAAAGGAGUCAGAGCCGAGGCGAACCAAAAUUACAAGAUGCUCUCGCUUCGCUUUUCGCACACAACCCGGAUAUAAAAGGGCGACUGGAGAGCUUUUCCUCGUUAGGCGGCUACGUGCUCAUUCACGCAAUUAUUCAAAAUAUCUGGCUCAUCCAGAAAUCCCGUCGGCUGCCCGGUUUCAAUGGUAACUCCCUUUCCCCGUCCGAAGUGACCUCGUUAGAACUCGCCUUGGAACAUUGGUGCCAAUGCUGGGAGCGCAAUCGGGAGGCAUCCAUUGACCCCUUUAACCCACAUGGUCCGUUAUCAUUCACAUCCGCUGCUCUCCUCCGAUUAGCCUAUAUUCGCCUGAAUGCCGACUUCAGUUCGGCCCGACGGCUCCAAACUUGGAACCCGGAGGAGAUCGCCCGGUCCUUGAAAGAGAACCUCAGUGUCGAGCGGAACGACCGGUUAACUCGCGCGGCGCUGCAUUGCGCUCACGCCCUGAGUACUCCUAUCAAACUAGGAAUCAACUAUGUCGCUCAGACGCAGGUGCACUCGUGGUCGCUCCAGUACGCACUAUGCUCACUAGAAUGUGCCGUUCUACUCGCGAAAUGGCUCGAAGAAGUGACGGUCGCAAGUCCCAACCCUAGUCUGACCGAACAGGAAAGCAAGCUCUUGGAGUUCGUUAUCGAGAUGGUGAUGGAGACUCGACACGGAGUAUCCCGCGAAUGGCUCUUGGCCAACAAUACCCGUCUGAGUGCGAUUGUUACCCGGCUGUGGGCUCGACUGUUUACUGCAGAUUAUAUCUGGGAGUUGGUCAAUUUGAUGGGUCGGGCUUUGAAUAGCUAUGCGGAUUUAUUGGAAAGGAUGCAUUAG